AUGGUGGCCAUGCACCCCCAGACAGAGUCUCUUUUCUUCCGCCUCCCUGCGGAGAUCCGCGAGAAGAUCCAGAGAUUUGCCCUCGCCCCCCCGGAUGAGAACGAUCUUUUGAUGACGGAAAUCACUCAAUACCCCGAAGUUCUCUUCCGAACAUACGAACAACCCCUACCGCCAGUCAUGUGCACCUGCAAGAAGAUGUACAUGGAAAUGAGCCCUGUCGCCUUCAGCGAGAUCAUCGUCCACGAGUCAACCAAGGGCUCCGGCACACGCACCGGCAUCAAGUGCCACGGCACUUUGCGAUUCGAACGACUGCGCCGUGUCUCAAUGGUUGUCGCCGUCGAGAAUCCCGACUUCAUCUCCCCCUCGUGGGAACUUUUCCUAUUCAACCUUCUUAAACGUAGCCCCAACGUCGAUCACCUGGAUAUUGAGUUUCAUAGGAACGAGUUCCGGGAGAAGGUGGAACGCGAGCUACCGGCCGCGGAAACGCGACGUCAGAAUGGCGAGGAAGAAUUGAGAGACUCAUUCAUUUUAAAGCAUUAUGCAUGGCCCAAUUGGCUGGAGGAAGUUGCUCGACAGCCUAGCCUGAGAUGGGUCAGCUUUGAAGGGAAUGUUCCCGAGGUCUGGCUGGAGAGGCUACGUCAAGAAUCUAAAGGCCGUAUACAAGUUUUUAGUGAUGGGGUUCGGUUCAGGGAGAAGGAAGAUGAGACUACGAGGAGGAUGCACGCAAACGAUGAGCAAGUCGAGGCAUUUGCAGAAAUGGAGAAUGCUUCGCUCAAGUUUACCUGCCCACUUAACGAAAUGUUGGCCAGGCUUCGCACUAACUGCCAGGAGGAUAUCUCAAGCUUGGCCGCUCAACUGACACAUUCAAACGACCGGAUCCCCGUCCGGCUUUCCACUAUUCGCCGCGCAGGUCUCCGGGACGAACUUAAAACCAUCGGUGCAAAACUCUUUACGGUAGAAAGUGCGAUGAAGCUCCAGUUCCUCCGCGAAGGGAGCGCUUUCAGGGCUGAAAUCGUCGCCCAGAGAGGAUUUAUCACCUUCCCAGUCCGUCCUGCCCACGCGAGUGGCUGA